CAGCGAGUCACGUGGAUCCGGACGGGAUGUUCCCGCAGCUUCGUCCCCAGUACUUUUUUGACGGCUGAAGAAACGGACAGGCCAAACCUGAAAAAAAUUAUGUCGGCUGACUAAAGUAAAGAGAUGUAAUCAUCAUGUGAAUCGAACGAGAAUUGAUUAAUCACAGUCCAACAAGCUUGUUUAUUUGUUAAACUUGGAACAUUGUUCCAAGGCUUUCUAAACAAGUGAGAGAUGAAAGUCGUGUACUUAGUGCUUAUUGCCUCCUCAUUUCUGUUGAAUUCAGCUUAUGCAGAACCUAAAGGAUGCCCCCACGUUUGUCAGAAUGGUGGUUUGUGUGUCCCUCGAAAUGGCUCGUACGAAUGUCAGUGUCCAUGCGGAAAAACUGGAGACACAUGCCAAGCCACGAAUUGGUGUCCCGAUGUUAAAUUCUCAAAAGUAGGCUGCUUACCAGCCACUGGGACGAAGCCGGCGUACCUUGCGUUUGAACCUGCCAAACACACGUUGGAAGAAUUUGCGUGUUUGUGCGCGAACCACACAAGACAGUAUGGACUAAAAUAUUUUGCCCUGGGAGAUGAUGAUUGCGUGGGAUAUAAUGAAAACGAGAUAUCUGUUGAGAAUCUUUCUCCUCAGGAAUGUCGCCAGGCAGAUCAGAUGAACUGCAAUAGCAAUACCAGCCUUCCCGCAUGUUAUGGCCGCGCUGGGUUCCAAUUUGUUUAUGCACUUUCUCUUGCUGACCAAUACAGCUGCGAAGAGGAUAUUCGAGAUUGUUCAGAUUAUGAUUACGUAUAUCGACAGCAGGAUGAUAAUGCUAAUAUGUAUUUUGGUCCAAUUGAGAAAGCUCUUCCCUCUGGUAAACCAUUCUCGUAUUGUAUGUGGAUCAGACUGGCAUUCCGCCAGGAAAGUGACCGAUAUUUUGUUUAUGCGUAUUCAUCAAAUAGAUAUGGCAAUCAAUUUACGUUGAAUUAUUACGCCACAAGUGUGGAUGCUAAUGAUUUUUAUGCGCACUUAAUGACGGAUGAAUUGAGCUCUGGUAGAGUCUUCUCUAUUCCCGGGGGCAUUUUCAACAAGUGGCGACAUGUUUGCGAUACAAUCAAUCUUGAUACAAAAACUGUAACAACCUACAUUCAUGGAAGCCUAGUUGGCAGUUUUACUAGUAACAAUUUACGAUCUCCGGUAGAAAAUGGUAGACUUAUCAUUGGACGUGAUCAAGACUCGUUCGGGGGCAGGUUUGGGACUGGAGACGUAGUAUUCGGUGAUGUGGCAUCGUUUAAUGUCUGGGACUACCUGAUCAGCGACAAGGAAAUCGAGCAGAUUUAUUCAGGACCUGGUACUGUACGUGGAAAUUUUCUAGCCUGGGUUGAUAUGAAGAAGUAUGUUAGUGGUCUCUCCUUAACUCUUCGUGACAACCCUGUCUUGAAAUGGAAAGGUGGAGGUUGUCGCUGGGAACGAACAGAAUGCGAUGAGGAAAGUGGUUUGUGUAAAGGGGGAAUAUUCCGAUGUCCUUGCAGUAAAGAUUUGACAGCGCCUCGUAGCUGUUUUAGUUCAGAUAUUUAUGAGAUGAAACCCUGCUCAGAGCAUAAUUAUUACCUGGAAUAUCCUUCAACAGAAACGGGAGCUCGUAUUACAAUAAAUGAUUUUGUUUUAUACAACACCUGGUUUUUUACUGUAUGUUUAUGGAUAAAGUACCCACCAGGUUCCAGUUAUUACCACGGCGUGAUCUACAUUGGUACUAAAUCGCUCAGCUUCGCUAAUUUCUUUCUAUUUCUUCAUCAUGAUCAAAAAAGGAUAGUUGUCAGAAAUAAUAAUAACAUUGCAGCUGUUGAAUGUUGCAACGACGGAACCUACGCCAACAACGAAUGGUUCCAUGUAUGCGCAGUUCAAGACCAUCAAACAUUGCGAUUGUACAAAAACGGGGUACUUAAAGGUAGCCGGACCCAUUCUGGCAUUGUGACAAUCGAUGGUCAUAAUGAAAUAUAUAUCGGUGAUCAUCCGACUCAGGCUAAUAAGAGAUGGAGUUUUCUUGGUUCUAUGGCGCACCUCAAUAUUUGGGUCGACGCGCUCAGUGAUAGUACCAUAGCAUCGAUUGCUAAUGAAGGAAAUACUUACGUUGGGAAUCUUUUUGCAUGGCCUGAUUUAGCGAAAUAUGCUAUACCUGGUGUGAUCAACAUACGUAGACCAUCACCUGUGAUGAGAUGGUCAGAUAAGAACUGUCAUUGGUCAAAAGACACCUGUGCUGCAGAACAGUUGUGCCAAAAUGCUAAGUACAUCUGCCCUUCUUCACAAUUGGGUGAAGCAGCACCUCAAAGCUGUAGUACGGCGUCUUACACCUUCACAAAUGCAGAUAAAAAACUGAAGCCAAAUCUUCUCGUGGAUUUAAUGAUCGUAUCUCGUGACUCCAAAACCCUCGCCAACGUUGGUCUCACUUAUUCAAGCGUUUUCGUUAACGACUUGGAACACAAAGUUAGUGGUUCUCACUGGAUGCAAUUUUUUGUGCUAGAUGCAAUCACAGGCUUUCUUUUAAACCAAUUUGGAUGCAGCACCUUCCAUAAUUCCACGUGUUCUGCUGGACUUGAAGACGCCUUGAGCAAGGUUGGCGCUGAACGAAUAAUGAUUAUGGUUGUUAACGAGAAUCCAGAUGUGGGUUUUGGUUCCGCCAUCCCCGCUAUUCAUUCAGCCUUUGGCCACGAGCUUCACGUCACUAAUUCCUUGUCUUCUGGGCAAUCAUUUUCAUUGUUGGGUUACAGCGGCAGCAACGAUGUCUCGUGGAGGGAAUCUCGCAUUCUUGCUGCGUCACAAGGACCGUCAAUAAUUAGGUCAACAGUUCCUUUACUGAGAGAAUCGUGCCUUGAUCACAUGUACAUGGGUGAAAGAGAAAAUGGCAAGUAUACAGUCUACCCUCCUGGUGGUAAAGAAAUGAUGGUAUAUUGUGAUUUUACCACGAAUGGCGGCGGUUGGACGGUGAUACAGAGACGAAACCAAGGAAAUACUUUAUUUCCUUCAAGUGAGGAAGCUUAUAACAACGGCUUUGGGCCCGUCGACGGUGAAUUCUGGCUUGGGAAUAAAAAAAUCCACCGACUUGGAAGGGGGCAAAUGUUGGCUGUGGUCUACGAGAACUCCACGUCUUCAUUCUAUGAUUUAUAUAAUGAUUUUUAUGUUAUGCAUAACUCCAUGCUCGAUAUCUCUGACCGUUCCGGCACGUUACCUGCGGGUAUUCUUAAUACAGACAGUGUAGGACCGUUAGUGUUUGUUUCUUCAAAAGCCUCAAAGCAUCCUUCAGAUUGCUUGAAAUCACUUGAUGGAGGCUGGUGGUUUCGCGGGAACUGUGACGGGGAAAAUUUGAAUGCUGAGAAAAGAGAGUGCGGCGGCAAAUCGUGGCUUGGCACGGAAAUGUUGUUUAGACCAAGAGAAUCGUCCAACGAUGUUGUAAUCAAGGAAAUAUCACCAGCGAUGACAUAUCAAGAUGGAAUGGAUGCUUGUCUAAGUGAAGGACUGCGCCUGUGCAGUUCCAUGGAAAUAUGCCGUGAUGGUAAACAUGUUUCAGGCGGUUCCGUUAGGAACACUCACUGGGCACCAGUUGCUGAUUAUUACAACAGAUGGAUAAACACUGGUUCCCUAGACAAAAUGAAAAUUUGUGAGAUUAAAAAGAAUCCUGGUUGGGGAACUGAAAGCACAUCAUCAGAUGAUAAAGGCAAAGUAUAUUGUUGUAAAAACUACGCAAAAAAAGCCGUGGUAGCUGUCAACGAAUCCAAAGCCAUCAUAGUGAAUUUGCCUGAUACGUACUCGUAUACAACUGCUGUUGAAAACUGCAAGAAAAAAGGUUUAAAAUUAUGUAGCCAAAAAGAAAUUUGCCCCGAUGGUUCUAAUCUAAUUUAUGGUUCUCAAGAUGGAUAUAGCAAAUGGGCACCGAUUUCAGAUCAAGACAAUGGUUGGCUACAAAUGUGUAGUGCUCAUCGAGCGGAUGUCUGUGAGUCUCACUUCGAGGAAUAUCAAUAUAAUCCCACUUGGGGACUUUCUCCCGAACCAGGAUCGUGGAAAGGACAUGUAUUUUGCUGUCUUUCCGAUUCUGGUCCCUGGCUCCCAUCAAAGUACACGAUCCCUGAUACGUCCUCGUACAUGGAUGGCAUGGAUUUUUGUGCGGAAAGAAAGCAAAGACUUUGUACUAAAGAAGAGAUUUGCCCGCUUGGCCAAAAUCCUUCGCAUGGAGAAUAUGAUAGCCAAAUGUGGGCACGAAUUCUAGACAGGAACAACGACUGGGUUAGUAUUGGUACCCAAAAGCCAAUUUGCAAGGAUCACACCGAUUUAUCGAUACCUAAACCCACGUGGGGGGAAAAUGAUUCCCCAAAUGUAGUCAAAUCGGUCCUCUUUUGUUGUCCGCUUAUCAUGGAAGGACGUAUUGCCCGAACCUGGAAGUAUGACAUCAAAUUUCACGGAAAUCUAAGUUACGUACGUUUCCCGAAGCUGACGCCUCUAUCCAAUUCCUCUGUCUGUUGGUGGAUGUUGUUAAGUGUUCAAAUCAAUGAAUGGAAGACCGUGUUUUCGUAUCAAACCCUGGAUACUAACGACCAGAUCGAGUUCGCUGUGCUAUCAGAUACACGAUUUCGCCUCACUGUUGGCGGCAAGGAACGGUUUUCGUCGUUUUCAACAUAUUUUGUGGAUAAUCCGGAAUACCAUCACAUAUGUAUUUUAUGGAGUUGGUUAGCACGAAAGGCAAAGAUUUAUCGUGAUGGUCAUCUUAUUAGCACAUUCGACAAUUUACCAUUUCCAAAGUCCCAAAAGCACGGGUCCCUCGUGAUAGGGCAGUCUUACAAGGAAUCAUCGUCAAGUUUCAAUCCGGACAAAUCAUUCAUUGGUGUAAUAACUCGAUUCAAUAUUUGGGAUCACGAACUGGAUGGUGAUGCGAUUGGGAAUGCUUCUGUCGUUUGCGGAGAAGACGAAGGAAAUAUUAUCGCUUGGCCUGAGGUGAAGCUAUGGGCGUUCGAUGGCGUGGAAGUUACCGAUGGAGAUGAUUGCUUUCCUGAAAGUUGCUUAGAGUAUUUCCACCGUGGCAAACAAAGUGGCUUGUAUGAAAUACGACCUGCAAAAAACCAACCAAGUAUUCAGGUUUAUUGUGAUCAGGAUACGGGUUCUGGGGGUUGGGUGGAAAUUGGUUACCGCGCCGAAAACGAAGUAAAUUUUCCGGAUAAAAAUUUCCAGGAGUACCGUGAUGGCUUUGGUGAUUUGGAAAGUAAUGAUUUCUGGCUUGGGCAUGAAAGGAUUCAUCGUUUAACCUCAGCACAAACGCAUUCUUCCCUUUUGACUAUCAAAAACGAGUACUCAAGAAUGUUUCCUGUUUCGUAUCAAUGGUUUAUGUUAGGACGCCCAGAAUCUGCUUAUCCGGUGUAUUUUUCAAACACGUUUGGAGCUAGAAAUUAUCUUCUGAAUGAUAAACCCUUUGUUACCGCAGACAAGGACUUAACAUUUUUCUGCGGAAGCACGUAUGGUCCAUUUUGGCAUGACCUCUCCUCUGGGUGUCACGUUUAUGGAAACCUGUUUGGUAAACAACAUACGUCUGAUAGUAAAGGCGCUCAAUGGUCGGGAGUUGGUACAGGAAAGCUUGAAUACUGGUGGUGGAACAUACGACCAUCUCACACGUUGAAGAGCCGAAAGCCCGUUGUGUACUGGACUGACGUGGACAUUACUUGGAAAACAGCAAAGGAAUUCUGCCAGCGUAAGGACGCUGAUUUGUGCACAUCCUCAGCCUUGUGUAACAGUGGAAAUCGCCCGUUCGGUGGGAUGUUCAAAACCGAUAAAAAAACUCCGAUUUUGGACUCGUUUGGGAAGUGGAUUAACCUAGGCACUGAUCCAUGUGCUGUUGUUUCCCCGCCUGAUGGCAAUACCAACGAUGUGUCAUCUUACAAGAGUAGAGUAAUCUGCUGUCGUGGCUAUGCAAAGCGAGAUUGGCGAUACGACUUGCGUUUCAAGGGAAAUCAAAGUGAAAAGAUGAGAUCAAUAUCUUUACCACCAAUGAAUUCCUUCACCAUCUGUUUCUGGCUACGUACAACACCAUUUAGCGAAGCUUAUGUUACCGUGUUCACAAUCCGCUUCGGUACUCAGUACAGAAUGCUAUUCUCUGUCAAAAAUGAUGGUUCACUCGUUGGAAGAUUCCCACCUGUCCUAGCUGCGUGGGAAUGGUUUUCCUCACUGGAUGGCAAAUGGCAUCAUUAUUGUCUUCGAGAAGAUGGUUACCAUAUUGAUGUUUUUGCUGACGGCGAAUACCUCUUUCAUUUUUUCGAUAACGGUCAUGUAAGCAAUAAAGAUAAUGGAAUGCUGUUCAUCGGACAUGAGGUGACCAUGUCUGGGGAAGUCGUUCAGGGAUCUCGGCUCAUCGGAGAUUUAUCGAGAUUUAAUAUCUGGAUCAAAAAAUAUUCAGCGGAUGAAAUAAAAGAAAUGGCUAAAAAAUGUGGUAGUGAAACAGGAGAUAUUGUUGCCUGGCCUGAAAUCAAGUAUUACAUAGAGAAACAUGUGGAAUAUGAUGCAACAACAUGUGUUAAACCAGAGAGGCAUUUUUGGCCAUUCAAUGAGAUUGACGGAGGAGAAAAUGCAUAUAAAGAUGUUCUGAAUGAGUAUAAUCUACGUGCACCAUCUGGUGGACCUCCGAUUGAGGCUGGUGGUGUAAUGAAUGUCGGAAAUAAUGGGCAAUAUGCGGAGUUAAACAUCAUUGAUGACUGUUUGACUGACCCUGAAAUCUGUCGAAAAACUGGAUUUACAAUUGGACUGUGGUUGAGGCGUGAAGGUCUACAAUCGAAAAUAUUGCCCGAGUCAGACUUACAUUAUCCGACGUUAUUGAAAUGGUUGGACACAGCUGCUUUCGAUAUCAGUGAUUGGUUACUCUGCUAUCACCAUGCCGGGCCAGGUAUGGACACCGAUGAUUUCCAUGAAAGAUGUGACUACGUUGGAGCUACACUGACCUUGGUUAGAGUCGGAGAGAAUGUUUUCGGUGGAUUUUCGAACGAAAACUGGGGAGGAUCUUCAAGGCACCUGGCAAGUCACUCGUCAUUUCUGUUCAGUAUUUACAAUCCUUCCCAUAUUGCUCCAGUGAAACUUGAGAUCAAGUCUGGUCAAAGCGCCUUCGCUCUGUACAUCGACAGUGGUUUGGGGCCAACAUUUGGAAAUAAUUUCGACCUUAAGAUAGCAUCGCCAGAAAGCUCAAGCACUUUGGGUCAAACCUACAAUCUUCCUCCUGGGAUUACAGAUGCUUCGUUUUUCACAUCGACUGACGUGUUCACCGUUGAUCAGAUUGAAGUAUUCUAUGCCCAUGUUCCGUCCGAGGCAGUGGGAAUAGAGUUCCCCAGCGUGAUAAAAGAUGACCAAAUAACAGCUUCGUUUUCUGAAACUCCCACGUUUGCACGAAAAUACGCUCGCCUCCACAGCACUGGACGGUGGCUCCCCUUAAGAACGGACCCGUCGCCAUGGAUACAGAUAAAACUAAAUGGCGUGGCAAGGAUAAAAGAAAUCGCCACCCAAGGGUGUGUUGGAAAUCGAGUAAAAACGUUCAAAUUGUUUUUCAGUAUGGAUGGAAGUUACUGGACGAGCUAUAAAGAAAAUUUUACGGAGAAGAUAUUGACAGGAAAUACUGAUGAAGAAACAGUGAAGAAAACGACACUACAAUAUGCAGUUGACACAAAGUUUGUAAAAAUCUCAUUUGUCGAGAAGGAAGGAAACUAUGGAUGCAUAAGAAUUGAACUUUAUGAAACAGUUCAAGUGUGUCCAAGCACCUCAAACGGUGCAGUAGCCUGUCCUGGUGUCUCACCUGGCAUCUCGGAAGUUAAUUGCACAAAUCUCGGCUGCUGUUUCUUAAAUACAAAGUGUUUCUCAAAGCAGGAGACAUUCAGAGAUCUUGGUAUGCAGUCUGGAGUCAUACCAGAUACAAGUAUCACAGUUUCAAGUGUCUACAAAGACUUUCGACCAAACAAGGCGCGUUUUAUGACAGAUCAUCAAGGUUGGAGGUCAAGUGAGUCUGGAACUCCCCAAUGGCUUCAAGUUAAAUUGAAUCAAGAUGAAACACUAACACAUAUUGCGACCCUGGGUUCUAUAACUAACCGCGAAUACAGUUACUGCAAGUCCUACAAAUUGCAUCAUGGGAAGUCCUCUGAUGCUUUUGUUGUUUAUACGGAAAAUGGCCAACCAAGAGUUUUUGUAGGAUAUAAUGAUACACGAAAAAUCAAGAAUGUGUUUUUGAAGCCAUUUAUCGCUCGAUUCGUUAGAUUAUAUCCUGAAAGUAUUCCAACCGGACUUACCCGUAUUGAAUUGUACAGAGCAUUGCGAGGGACUAACAUACUUUCAACGUCGAUCUACACGACUAAAGAUCCUAGAGGCAUAUUUCUGGAGCAGCAUACGUUAAUGCAGUAUCGUUUCGCCGUUCAAGCCGACAGAGCGGUAUGGGAAGUGUUUUGGGAAUGGCAAACUCACGAGUGGACCCACCUUGCCUUUACUUGGAGCGAGAAGGCUGGUAUCAAGGUGUACGAGAAUGCAGAUUUCAAAAUGGCCGCGAAGGAGCCGAGCCGGUUUACUGAAGCAAAAUACUUACGAAUUUCGGACAAGUUUAUGAUUGGAAAGAAGAGUAAUUUAACAGUGUCACAUAAAUUUCGUAUGGCAAAUUUGUUUGUUUUAAAGAGAUUUACUCCUCCCUUGGAAUAUAAAUCGAUGAUCUAUGGAGUUUCAUGUGGUUUUGACGAUACCUCUCAAAGCAUGUGGAAGAAUAUGAACUGGACAAUGACCGAUUCAUCAACACCAAGUAACCAUACAGGACCUGAUGAAGGGGUUCAAAAAAAAGACUUUAAUCUCGCUUGGGGAAGUCGCACAGCAUUGUCGGGGAGCUCUGAGGGUAACUCCUCGUUCCUAGUCGAUGGUUUCCUGGAGACUUGUGCACUAGUGCAACCAGCCGAAACAUUGUCCAUUCGUUUUGAUGAACCUAAAAAAGUAAAAUUGGUUGUAGUAUUUUUCAAGCGUGGAUAUGAUCAUCAAAAGCUUGCUAAAUACAAAGUUUCAGCUUCGACAGCGUCAUGUGCCGAGUUGGAUGGAUUUAACACAGAAUUUGAAACUGGCAAAUCCUUCUACUGUGAGCACGAGUCUUUUGUGGACAUUGUCAACAUAAUGAAUCUUGAUGUUGACCCGUUGACCUUGUGUGAGGUUGCUGUGUAUAAUAUGACAAGAGAAAAAUUUGCGUAUAUGGAAUCUUCCUAUCCUGCUGCGAAAGGCUUCAGUGGUUUCCUCACCACAACGAUCUUUGGUCUGUAUAACUGCCUGCAUUUCUCAUACCAUAUGCACGGAGAAAACAUGGGAAGACUAAACGUAUUUGGUCCCGGGAUGGACAAUCAAAACCGGACGCUAUUAUGGAGAAUAGUUGGUGACCAAGGAAAGGAAUGGAAGCAGGGAGUUGUGAAGUUGGAGAAGAACAAAUUGCAAGAUUUCCACGAGAUAAUGUUCGAAGCUGUUGUAGGUGACGGUUAUACGAGCGAUAUUGCUUUGGAUAAUGUCGUAUUUACUGUUGACAGUCAAUGUUACACUUAUCCAUCUGUUGCUAAACCGACAAUCUCAGUGAUUUCCCCCAAACGCGAAUGUUCGUGUUUAUCUGUCGCUAGGGACGGCAGCCAUGUUACUAUCACCACAUGUACCGCGUUAUCCCAAAGCAUCGAGUGGCAGUCUGACGGUAUAUUGAAAAUACAGGAGAAAUGUCUGCGACCUGUUACAGAUGAUGUCAUUGAGGGUACAAAAGUCGUGCUCAGUACGUCGUGUAGUCCAAGUGAAGAUGCUUUCAGAAUCACUCCAACAGGAUCGAUUCAGCAUGUCAGAAGUCUGUUGUGUAUCCAGGCAGCAGAGGGAUGGAAUGGUCUUAAGGUUGGCGAUAUAUUAGCUUUAGGAAGGGAAGGAUGUUCUGAAGUGCGCUGGCACUGGACAACGAUAUUACUAAAAGUUUCAGGUGUGAAUUACUCCAAGUUGAAUGUAUUGAAACUCGGUACUAGUUCGAUCUCAUGCGGAGAUUACGAUGGCACGGUGAUGCGUUUUACUCCAGUACAGAUUAAGAGCACUCUGCCUGGUGCUUCUGUCGUCACGUACAAUGAUAAAACUAGCGCUUAUAGUGCUGGCAGUGUCGUUGAGGUCCACGAGAAUACUUCGAGUCUCGUUGUAUCAUUAGGAGAAACUGAGAGGAUUUUGGUAUCCGCAAACCACACAAGCAUAACACCAAAUCAACCACUAAGUGGCUCAUCAAUACUAGGAACAAUGACAACACCAAAACGACUUUUGUCAGAGUGGCUUGGCUCUCGUGGUAUCUUUUCUGAGUUUUGGAGACCGUGUGUUUAUCUUACUAACGAGGGAGUUGCAAAUUUUAACUGCACUUUGAACGGAGACGUGCCGAAAUUGCUUCUUAUUCGCAAGGAACGUGUUCUUAUCGGAGGAUGCAUGGAUCAUUCCAACUCAAAUCGAAGCUUCUUGUUUUCCCUCAAAGAGUCCUCGUCUUCAAUAUUUAACCAGACUUCUAGUAAUGGAGGUGUUGUUCUCACCGAUGAAGGAAUGACGUUUGCCAAUGACGAGCUUUCAAUAACCUGGGUAGGAGAACCCAUUGUGAAGAACGUCCUUGGUCGUGUGUUUAGGGUGGACCAUUUAGACUCCAUGGCCGGGGUAGGCCAAUUUACUGCAGAUGAUUUUGAGGUCCUUCAACCCCACGACGAGGUAUGCGUUCCUGGGUGUAAAUCGAAAGACGUUUGUGACCAAAUUACAGGAAAAUGUAUCUGCGACUCUACUGGUCGUCCACCUUCUUGGUGUUCAAUAGGAGCAUCACCCAACACAAUUUACGCAGAUACAGCAUAUCAUUGGUCGUUAGAUUCAAAACAUAACAUCUUAAAAGAAAGUGGUAGCGAGUAUGCCUGGGCAUUAGUUCAAGCCAAUCUUUCCUCCAAUAUCGGAGUUAACGGACCUGGUAUCGAGAUUAAGAACGAUGGAAAAGUGGAACUGAUUAGCAACGACAAGUGCUUUAGGAGAUCUGACGUUUGUGGAAAAUUGGCUCUUUCAUUUUGGUUCAAGAGUAUAGAGACAGAAAAAUCGAGCAGCGCAGAUCGAAUGUUCCUUCAGACAUCGUACGAUAUAUUGGGUCAUUCAGGAUUAUUUAUGUACUCAGGUGGUAGCCCGGGGGAAAUCUUGUUUGAAAAAAGAGGAGUUAUUUCCCAAUGUAUCCACACCUUCCACAUUGAGCCAAAUCUUUGGACAUUUGUAGCUUUUGUCUUUGGUCUUCAAACUAAGUCUUGGCAUAUUUAUUUGAACGGGGUAAAAUUGACUACCGAUGUGACUAAGGUAUGUUCCUCUGCUGCACGUGUGAAAAACCCGGUGGGAAAGUUGAUACUUGGAAAUGGUGGAAAGGACUCCAGCGCGGUAUUCGAUGACGUGGCGGUUUGGUACCGAGCAUUGGAAGACACUGAAAUCGAGACAAUAUAUCGUUACUAUUAUAAAGAUCCACGUGUGUUGAUUGCUUCACUGGACGUGAAUCUUACUAACUUUGUCUGGGGUUCCGAACCUGUGAAUAAAGAACCCAAGAUGUGGAAAUCUUUGGAGAAUGAAAUACACACAAAGUUUGCAUCGGUUUUUCCUGGAUUCCAAAACACAUCAUUCGUUAUCGAUGAAUGCAGGAAGGAGCCUGUUAGCAUGAUGUGCAAGUUGAAACUUACUCUAAAUGGUUCCGAUUAUGAAAUGGUUGAGAUUUUGGAGGACAAGAAUGUCAUCCCGGAUAUGAAGAUCUCGAAUAUUACAACCUACCAAGUGCCUUUUCAGGCUACCUUUCCAAAUGUGACUAGUCCAGAAGCAUCUAAAAUAAUCCUAGAAUGGAACCCAGAAGAAUUUAGUCAUUUAUACCAAGGAUUUUUAAUAACAGCUACCAAUAAUAAAACAAACGAGACGACGAAUGUGACAGAGAAUGCGAUGGGCUCACCCUACGAACUUAACAACAUGACUGGGUACAGUUAUUAUAUCAUAAGGUUUGCAGUUUAUACGUUGGCUGGUAUUGGAAAAUGGAGCGAAGUCGUUAUUAAAACAAUGGAAGACGUUCCCAAGUAUCCACCGAGCAAUCUAACAGGGCAUAACGCCAGCUCAACAACACUCAACUUAAACUGGAACCCAGUGCCCAUCGAGAACACCUAUAAAGAACUUCGAGGUUAUAUUGUAUACGUUAUUGAAACCAGUACGUCCAUUAGUGUUAAAAAUAUCACGACGGAUUCCUCCACACAUGAAGUACUUAUUGAUGAUUUGAAAAAGUUUCGAACAUAUACUCUCUAUAUCCGAGCUCUUUCCAUUGACGUCGGUGUCAAGAGUAUUACAAUGAAUUUGACCACGGCUGAGGACGCGCCUGAUUCACCGCCUGAUGAUGUCAAAGUUUUCAACUCCAGUUCACGGAGUGUGCGUAUUGAGUUCAAACCAGUCCCCCCUGAUCUCAUCAACGGCAUAUUGCGUGGAUAUCGCGUGUUCUACUGGAAGACGCGCGAGGGUUCUCUCCAUCGCAAGAACUUCACACUACCCAAAGAACCAGAAGCGGGUAAAGUGACGUUUAAACGACGAAGGCGCAGCGUGAGUCAGUACCACCAAGGAUAUCCUCUAUUUGCUGAUAUUUAUAACUUGAAUGAAUAUACGAACUACACUGUUCAGAUUCAAGCGAUAACAAUUCUAGAUGGGGUCUUGUCACCACCAUACACCACGCUGACCUCAGAAGAUCUUCCAAGCAUGGCACCACCCAAUGUUACUGCAAGAAACAGUAGUUCAACAAGCAUUCUCUUGGAAUGGGAUAUGAUACCAGAGGGUGAUAGAAAUGGAAUAAUACUUGGCUAUAAUAUCUACUACACCGGCCGCAGCGGGGUAGAGCAGAAGUACGUGCAUAAUUCAACCUAUGAAUCGAUCUCUCUGGAUCUAAAGCAUCUGGAAAAGUAUACAGAGUAUAGUUUUGAGCUGACGGUGUUUAACAGCAUUGGAGAGAGUAACCGCAGUGUUCUGGUGUCUUGUAAAACUGACCAAGACAGGCCAGACCUACCUCCACAAGACAUUGCUGGUAUGCCCACAUCACCGAGCACCAUGGGGGUAGUCUGGAAACCUGUACCAUUUCCAUAUGAACGUGGUAUCAUCCUGGGUUAUCAUUUCGUCUUCACCACCGUGACGGGCGAUGUUAUGGUGGAUAAAAUCCUCGGGCCUAAUGAACAUUUCAUUUCUGUCAGCGACUUGCAUAUAUUCACCAAUUACACUGUAAAUAUGACAGCAUUUACCAUCAAAGGUGAAGGACCCUGGUCUAGCAAGGUUGUCUUGUCCCUUCAAAUUGCACCAACAAUUCCUCCGCUGAAUUUCACCGGCCAAAGUUUUCAGAAUUUAAACAAAAUCCCAGUUGCAUGGAUUAAAGUUCCACCAGAGCUUACGAAAGGUUACAUACUCGGCUACAAGUUAUACAUAAAGUUGGUGGCUAUUGGGCUAGAAAAAGUACCAGACGCUAGAGAAAGAGAGAUCGUCCUCACGGGCGCAGUAUCUUCGCAUGUCAUCGAGGGCUUGGAAUAUUUUGCCGAGUAUCGGAUAUACAUGAUUGCGUUCACAGUUGCUGGCGGUUCCCCACGAAGCAAUACGAUUUAUGCCGAAACCUGCAGAUGUGGUCCAACGCUUUGGACACAAUGGACAAAUCUCGCACCUUAUACCAACAUCACAAACGCAGAAUAUUUCGACAACAAAAUACUUAAAAACGACUGGGGAAUCUUUCCAUACAUCGUUGAAGAUGCUGUGGUAUCUUGUUGUCAAACAUGUAGGACACACAAUUAUUCUACCGUCAGCUUCAGUCGCAAUUACCACGGGGAUCCGGCUGAGGUUACGAGAUACGAAGCUCUGGUAAAUUCUAUCGAUGGCUUGACGGAUUUGACUUUUCCAGUGUAUGGUUACGUUGGAAUGAAUUUGUACCAUAGUUUGUACAAAUAUACUCCUCUAAUUGAGUCGCCUGGAAGUGCCUUCAUUGUAAGAAAGGAGGAGACUAAUAUGAGUGAACUAUUGUUGAUGAAUAUACUUGGUAACUGGCCUCUUGCAGCGGUUAUGGUAUGCCUAGCGUUUGCGGCUGGUGCCGUUAUGUGGUGGUUUGAAAAAUCUGGAAACAGCGAGGAGUUCACAACGUCUGCUUUCCGCGGAGUCUUGAACGGUUUCUGGUGGGCUUAUGUUACAAUGACCACUGUAGGUUAUGGUGACCGGUCACCAAAAACCACUCUCGGACGAUUAUUUGCAAUUACGUGGACUUUGGUAGGCUUGGUUGUCACAGGCAUCAUGGUGGGCAAUCUCACUUCGUCGUUGACUUUAUCAGUAACUUUCACAGAGAAGAUUAUUUAUGGCGCUAAAGUUGGCGCCUUGGAUUCAAGCCCAGAAUUUCGACUCGGCGUGCGUUUAAACGCAAAAAUGAAUACAGUUCGUACGUAUCAUAACUUGGACGAACUUUACAAGGCGUUACUCGAUGGCGAAGUGGAUGGAAUCCUGUUGGACGCAUACGUUGUUGGAAGCCGUAAGGAUCUUUUUAAGAACCCAAAGUUAGUGGUGAACAAGCUAAAGGAUUAUCGCGCUGCCUACGGCAUUGUUUGGGCUGGCGUAAGCUCGAGAAUGAGGCAAUGCGUGGAUUGGUACAUGAAGAGUAGAAAAAGCAAGAUGUUCAAUCAUAUUGCAGAUAAUUUGGAAAUGGCCAGAAAGAUUGAUAGAAUAGACGCUCAGGAGGAGCUUUCAAAUAUAUUCGAUCCAACUACAAAGAUUUACACAACAUCGCUGUUUUAUUGUUUGGUUGCCUUGGCGUCCGCAGUUGGAUUGGGUUUUAUAUAUGAAAUUUUGAGAAGGCGAAGAUUGGCAACCAAGAUUAAACCGCAUGGUGAAAACGAAAUAAAAAACGAACAAGUUAAAACAAUGGAUAAAUGCGUUCAUAAAAUAGCAUCAGAAAUUCUCGAUCUUACUAAAGAAACUAAGGAAAAGCACUUAAAACAACUUAAGUCAUUGAGGGGAAGAGGAUGGUUUAAAAGAUCAUCUGUGGUCGUUCCUGUAAAUAAAACACAGUCAACCGAAUCUCUUGAAGUUAUCGAUCUGUAAUACUUGUUUUUUAAAAUAAUAUUCUUAUCACAUAAGUAAUUUUAAAUUAAAAGAUAGAUUAACUGCCAUGGCAAGAGGUUUUUUACAGUAAUAAUGGUAUUUUAUAAUUGUUAUUUCACGACGAAAAGUUGGCUCUCUUUGAUAUACUAUAGGCUGCAUGUUAUUCGACACAGCCUGUGAAUACAAAUAAGAUAAAAAAAUAAAUUAAUAAGUGAUAAGUAAAUUUAAAUAUUA